CCUUUGCCCCUCUGUACCUGCGUCUUUUCACUUAUAAAAAGCGGCACAUUAAAACACUCCGACAGUACAAUGUCUACGGACUCCAGAUCCACGCGAGUUUUGAAAGAGAUCCUGCUCAAAGCGGGCAACGACGUGUGCGCGGAUUGUGGAGCACCAGACCCAAACUGGGGCUCGUGUUCCCUGGGCGUCUUCAUCUGUCUGGACUGUUCGGGAGUCCACAGAAACCUCCCCAACACAAGCAAAGUUAAAUCACUCAGUCUGUCGCACUGGGAUGACCACGAGAUACAGUUCAUGGCGGAGAACGGGAAUGAGAAGUUGAAGAGUAUAUAUGAGGCCGAGGUUCCUGUGUACUAUUACAAACCCACUCACAAAGACUGUCAGGUUCUCAGGGAGCAGUGGAUCAGAGCCAAAUAUGAGAGGAGGGAGUUUUCAGAACCAGGAAAACCCUUCAUCUACGAGGAAGGAGCGAGGGAGGGGAUGCUGAUGAAGCGAGGGCGGGAUAACGGACAGUUCCUAAGUCGGCGGUUUGUUCUGUCGGAGCGAGAGGGCACUCUGAAAUAUUUUACCAAACACGAUGCCAAAGAGCCCAAAGCUGUGAUCAAAGUGGACACCAUCAAUGCCACAUUUCAGCCCGAGAAAAUGGGAAACCCCAACGGCCUCCAGAUCACAUACCUUAAGGACUACAGCACCAGGAACAUCUUUGUGUACCAUGACAACGGAAAGGAAAUCGUGGACUGGUACAAUUCGAUCAGGGCUGUGCAGCUCCAUUAUCUGAAAGUGGCCUUUCCUGGAGCCACAGACGCAGAGCUGGUGCCAAAACUGACACGGAACUUCCUAAAGGAGGGAUAUAUGGAGAAGACUGGGCCCAGACAAACUGAAGGCUUUAAGAAGCGCUGGUUCACUCUGGACCAGAGACGCCUCAUGUACUUCAAAGAUCCUCUGGAUGCGUUUGCCAAAGGAGAGGUAUUUUUGGGGAAUAAGGAUCACGGCUACAGUGCGACCGCGGGGCUACCGUCCGGCACACACUGCAAUGGCUCCUGGUCACACGGCAUCACUAUAGAAACGCCUGACCGCUGCUUCCUGUUUACCUGCGAGACAGAGACGGAGCAACAGGAGUGGGUGCAAAAAUUCAAAGAGGUCAUGAGCGCACCAAUGUCCCCCCAGGAGUACACAAUGGAAGCCUUGUUGAAACACAGACAUAGAUGAGACAGCGGCUUGCGUGACCUCUCACCUCUGACCUCUCAGAGUUCUGCAGUAAAGAUGCACUCGGGUCACAUCCAUUUUCUCCUUGAUUCCUCUGAUUUUUGUACCAGCCUCAAGAGAAAAACGGUGAACCCAAUGCGUAACAGACACACUAUUAGUUCAAAUGAUAUUACUGAAGUAUUAAUAUUACUGAAAUAAUUAAAAAAAACAUUCCAACCACAUAAUCAGUCAUGUUAAAGGUGCACUGUGCAUCUUUCUUUGGUGGGGGGUCCGUUACCCGCUAGACUCCAUGGAGAUGUUACUGCUGUGCCUGGAAUGUUUCACAGUAUGGCAUUAUUCCUGUUCCAUUUAUUCAAAUACAUUGGUUUCUGUGUUUUGGGCGUGGGGAUGACCAAGGACACGCUGGAGGGAGUAUGUCUUUUUGUGGGCCUGGGACGGCUCUUUCAUGUUAGACUUUAAUUUAAUACAAUUUGACCUUAAAAAACUUCCUGUUGAAAAUCACACACCUAAACGGGACCAUGAACACCAUGAAUUGACACAGGCUCUUGAGUUUUCAGACAAUCUUAAAACUUAUCAGGCUGUGUUUGCUAAUGUGUUCAUUGUGUCACCAUAGAGACACAUGUAUAAUAUCCCCAGUGUGAUGUCACUGUAAUGUACUAAUAUCAUACUGUGGGAUAUUCCAGGCAAAGCAAUAACAUCUUCACUGAGAGAAGAUAGAAAAGACAGAAAUCAAAAAAGUUACACAGUGUUUCUUUAAAAGUAAAACAUGUGACUGUGGUUCAUACCAAACUAUUAAACAUCUGGUUUUCAUGUUUAUGUUUUAGUAUUUUUGUGUAGUCAGGGAGAAGUGUCUUACCUUGUAAAACACUGACUCACAGUGUAAUUUUGUAAUAUGUUUCUAUUCUAAAAAGAAAGUUUAAUAUUUUAAUUGUACAGACACUGUUGUAAAAUCUCUUCAGAUGUUACAUGGUUAAACACUGCCCUCAGGUGGUAGAGUGUCAGAACACAUGUCCAUAGAAAAU